AUGGACCUGGACAAGUGGAUUGAGAAAACUACGAAGGACAUCGAAGCCGCGCAGAAAUUAGUCCAGAAGAUUUUAAAUGAGGUGAAUGGAAUUGAACCGGCUAAAUGCAAAAAUGAGCUUGACAAGGCGAUUGAAACUGUUGAGACCAGGUUGCAAGAGAGAGUUGCGGAUUUGACAGAAUGGAAGGAAGCGGCACAUAAAGUGCUAGAAGGGACGAUUUUGAGUUCUGGUAAUGUGUACAAAGAUUUGGAUCCCAAUCAACAAAAAGAUUCCCCCGGCGAGACGACAAAGAUUGGUGAAGGACUUCAGCAGAUCACUACGGCUAAAACGGCAGUUGAGGGCGUGAAUACUGGGCUUAUUCAGGUUAAGAACGAUUUGACAGCUUGGAACCUUGCGGCAAAAGAUGUGCUUAGCAAUGUGGUCAGUAAGGCUACGGACGUGCAUAAAAAGUUGGACCCUGAGGCAGCUGACACGGAUCAUAAAAUUGGUACGAACAUUAAGGCUAUUGAAGAAGCUAAAACGCAACUUGACAACGCAAAUGUACAACUUGGCCAACAAGUUAAGGCUUUGGGCACUUGGAUCACCGAGGCGGAGAAUAUCCGUGCCGCGGCGGAGAAAAAGGCCAAGGAGGCCUACGACAAGUUGAAGGUUAAUGAGACUCUGGAUGAGAACGUUAAGAAGAUUGUUAAAGCAAAAGAUGAAAUUAACAGAGUUCAUAACAGUCUGAAUGGUGUUGGAAAAAGUUUGGGAACGUGGAAGACUGAAGCCGGGAAAGUGCUUGCCGGGGCAAUUACAAAUGCCCAGCAUGUUCAUGAUGCGUUGGAUAUAGAUGAUAAAGGAAAGGACAUGCCGCUUGGCAGUAACAUUGAUGGAAUUAGCUCAGCUAAUGAAUUAAUUAAAAAGGCAAAUACAGAGCUUGCCACCGAAGUUCAGCAUUUAGGUAGUUGGAAGACUGCGGCCGGGAGUGUUAUUGACAAGGCGGAGCAGAAGUGUGAGGAGAUACUUAAGAGGGUUGACAAGGAUCAUAAAGAUAAUCAAAAAGGAUCCAGUGGCCCCGUGAUUUAUAAACAAGCCGAUGAAUUACAAAAGCAGGGUAAAAGACUUUUGCAGGCUGCGACUGAGGCCAAGGAGAAAGUAGAGCAGAAUGUCCGAUCGGCGUUGCAGGCUGUUGUGAACAUGGACAAAAGUCUUAAGAUGGAUUUGAAAGGUGUUAAGGAUAAGAUUAAGGAAGGGAUACAGAGGGUGAUUGAGGAUAUGAAUGUUUUGACAUUGGAUGAGAAAGUGAAGGGUGAUUUGGGGACGUUGAAGAGGAGGAUUGAGGGGCUUAAAACAGAGGUUGAUAAAUCAAAUGGAGAGGGCCUCGUUAAAAAUGAGUUGGAGGCGCUUAAGGUGAAGAAAAACGAGCUGCUUUCUGGUGCAAUUAAGAAUAUUCAGGAUGCGGAGAGUCAACUUGGACAAAAGUUCCAGAGUGCGAUCCAAACUCCUCUUAUCCAGAAUGUCACUGAAGUUGACACGGCGAUUGAGGCGCUUGGCAAGGCUGUUACUGGUAAAGACAAUGUUAAUAUUGUAGGUAUUUUCGAGCAUAUAAAAGGGGAGGUUGCGGCAAUUAAGGGGAAGGCGGGAGGGAAUACAGGUCUUGAAGGCAUUGUGACGAAAGUGAAGGGGCUUGCUAGGGCGUUCGUUAAUUCAGGCGGUAAUGGUUUUAAGGCUAGAGUAGGCGGAUGGCUUGAGAGCAUUUUAGGCAUGGGUAGGAAUAACCAAGGUAAGGGCAUGAAAGCCGUGACGACUUGGAUUGGUACGUAUAAUCGCAAUCUUAGUGCCGUUGGGAGGAAUGAAGGAGAUCUUAAAGUUCAAGUGAAGAACAACAUUAUGCCUCAACUUAACAGCCAAAUCGCGGAAGCGCAGAAGCAGAUUGCAAAAGUUGUAGAUGGGAAAGUUGUCGACAAUCUCACUGCCAUCGUAAGCGCUUGUAACACAUUUGUCGACAAGCUUGACGCCGAACUGACGAAUGACAAAAUUGAUCACCUUGCCAAUAAGAUAGUCCCAAGCAUUAAGGGUUGGAUGAAUGGGCAGAAUGUUCGGAAUUUUGCUGACGACCAGGCUCUCCGGUCAGCCGUCAAAUACAGCCUCGUUGCGCUCUGCGGCGGUGUGAAGCAGGUGGCCACGGAGAUAAAGUCAUUAGGUACCGGCAGAUUCGGCGAAAUUUUGGACAAAAUCAAGCCGACGGUUGAUGAGCUUUACAAUAAUCUUACCGAGGCGACUAAAACUGGCAAACCACCCGAUCCCGCAGAUGGCACAGCCCAAGCCGUGGACAAGAAGUUGGCGGACGUGAACACUUUUGUGAAUGGAAAGAAUGGUGAUGAUAACAUUACCAGCAAGUUUAAAAGUAAUGUAAUACAUGAACUUCAACAGAAAGUUGAUCAACUUCCCGGCGCCGUUAACCAGUUCAACACUGAAGCCGAAGCACAGAUCAAGAAUGCGGCCAGGACGGCGAUUGACAAGGCGGCUGGGAAGAUUAGUGAGGACGGUGAUAUAACGCUUGGUCCUGAUCUCAUGAAAGAUUUCGAAGAAGCCCACGGGAAGAUAAGAAGUAACCUCAAAAACAGACUUGAUAAGCAAGUUGAUGACCACAUUGGUCCGGAUGAUCCGCCGACUGGUGGUCAAGGUGGUGAUCAAAAAGUUAAACUUGAGAAAGGAAAUUUUCCGCAUUAUGAGAAACACGUUACACAACCUGUCAAUGAUACUCUAACCGGCGAACAAGGAAAAAACGAAGGCUCCCUUCCACAGGCGAUCGGGAACAUCAAGACUGAGGUUUUUGAAAAGCUUAAUAUGAUAGAGCCAAGUCCAAGGAACGGCAAAGCAGAAAUUACUACAGAUACCUUCACCGGUCCGUUCACCGAUAUUAAGACACAGCUUGACGAGAUCAAGAAAUUGGUUGAGAAUAAGGAUGCGCAGCCACCGGGCAAGGACGCUGAUGGUGUAAGAGAUUUGUUGGAAAAGCUUAAAAGCGCGCUUGAUUCAGGAAAGCUGGAGGGAGCUGAGAAAGGUUUGGAAGCAAUCAGAGAUGCGAUUCAAAAGCUGCAUGAUAAUCAGUUUACUAACCAACCCGCUGCAAUCGACUUAGCCGUCACCCAAAUUAAGUUGCAGCUUAAAGGCCUUAGAGAGAAGUUGAAGAAAGAUAAGGGUAGUGAUGUAAUUGAGACAUUAAAAGAUUUAAACACUGCUGGUAUCGACGGCAAGAAUGGUACACAAUGGACACCGAACGGUAAACCUCUCAGUGGUCUUGGGAAAAUCCAGUAUGAACUCACAUAUCAGAAUAAGGUAUUGCCCGCGCAGACUAAAGAAAUCGAAGAGGCUUUAAAACAUAUUAAGUAUCAACUUGCAGUGAUUGGAGUCAAAUUGCGAAAUGUUGGAAACAAUGAUGACAUCCUAAAUCCGUUGCAGCGAUUUAAACGAAGGAUUGGCAAAAAUGCCCCGGAGCCAGGAAAUCUUCAGAAAAUUCAUAAUGAAAUUAAAAACCUUCAAGAACAGCCGUUUAAACAGCAUCCCACUGAAAUCGAACAGGCCAAAGAUCUUAUUAAACAAGAACUUACUGCCAUCCAAAAAGUGUUGCAAGGCACCAAGGGCAGUGAUGUCAUUGAGACACUGAACGAUUUGAAGGGCAAUGGACUAAGUGGAGAUAAGGUGUGGAAUGUUAAUGGUCAAGAUAAAAAAGGCCUUAAAAGCAUCGAAAGUGACCUUAAAGGUCAACAAACUACGUUGUCCACUCAACCCCAAAAUAUCCAGACUGGCGUCUCACAGAUCACCGGGGAGCUUACAAAACUUCAGACGCAGUUGAAUACUGAUGUCACCGAAAAGCUCAAGAAGCUGAGAGACCAUGGCCUUACUGACGGUAAAGAAGCAUGGACAAUUGACAAACAUUCCGCCAAAGGCCUCACUCAAAUCACCACGGACAUCGAGACCAUAAAGUCCAAGGACGUCGACAAUGUUAAGCAUUAUCUUAUCGCCCUGUGCAGCGCUAUUAAGCAUAACGCAAGAGAUCUCAGAGACAUUUUAAAAGAAGUGAAGGAUAAUCUGAUCGGCGAGUUGACUGGAAUUAAAAAUAAUCUGCGCCAACUGCUAAGCGGCCCGGCGCAUACUGCCAUAAAAGACCUCAAAGCCCUUUUAAGAUUCCUCGAGAACGGCAAGGCGCAAAUAAUCCGUGACCUCCACGCUUUCGUCGAGCAGGAGGUCAAGGAGGCCGAAGAGACUCUUAUCAACGAGGCACGCCGGCAAUAUGUCUCCAACAUCAAGGAGGCGCUGAAGGCCUUCGCCCAGAAGGUUGAAGAGGAGCUGCGGGAGUUGCCGUGGGAGAUUGACAGGGACCUGACAGUAGAAUACAAAGGCCUUAUGACCCGAGUGGAGCACGGCCUGAAAAAUGACCUCAACGUCCAUAAAAAAAAGGGGUCAAAAACCCUUCCGCUGCUGUCAUCCGCUUUCAUGAGUUUCUACUUGUCACUCGAGGACCACGUGGACAGGGAGAUAAAUCGGUUCCACGACGAGGAGCAGAGGAAGAAAAAUCCCAAGCGGCAGGACGCACAGGAGUAUUCCACUAGGCUCUCCGCGGUGAAUGAGGCACUCCACACAGUGCUUACUUACAUCAAGGACAACGAUACCUUCGACCACAGACUCCAAGCGCUGCUCCGCAACCUCACCGACGCGCUGAGUCACCUGCGACCUGAGAGCUUCGCCAGGCCCUCAAGUCCCCUGCUGGACGGCCUGGUGGAGGGGCUCACGAAGUUCGCCGCCGAGUUCACAUGUGCGUACGUCUCCGCCUACGCCGGCGCACAGUUCACUGAUGAAGAAGGUGAGAAGUGCGCCAAGGUCUUUCUCACCACGCUGCCCACACUCUGCGACGCCUUCACCAGGCUGGCGGAGCGCUGCGGCAAAGGCGGUGCUGCAGGCUGGAGGGACUUGAGCAUUAAUUCAAGCAGUCAACUAGGCACGUUCCUCCAGCGCUGCGGCUACAAGGUCUCCACCUCUCCCUUUGACCAGGACGGCGAGCUGCGCGACGACUGCAUCGGACACGACGUGUAUGUCCUGGUCAGCCAGAAGAUUGAGGAGACCCAUGACAACGAACACCUCAAAAAAUGCCUGUCCCUCACACACGCCUGUAAUCUCUUAGAUCUCCUUCAGUGCCUCUGCACGCACCUCACUGAGUACUACAGGACGUGCCACCUCAAGGUGCAUCCCUCACCCCGGCCGCCGUGUUCCAUCUACGAGAUGCUCACAUGGUGCUGCGGGCUUACGUACAACGCCGUGAAUCUUAACGUCAAUUACGAUGCCCUGCCAUCGCUCUUCGAGGCGGACGAGCAGGACUCUGCGGACUCCGACGUGCCCUUGAUGAACCUCAGCAGCCUGGCGCUGAAGGCCCACCCGGAGAGCAUAACACCGGCGUCCCUAUCCGACGCCCUCGCGGAGGUCUGCCACCGGUCGCAUUCAGUGCUCACCACAUUGCUCGGCUACGGCCACGCAGGUGGCAUAUACGCCUGCGACUUCAACACAAACCCCGGAGGCCUGCUCUACCCCGGCGACGCGGACGCUUUGCUCUGCCUGCUGUACGAUGUGCUCAAACGCCUCCACCACCAGCUGUAUCUCCUCUACCGCCGGUGCCUCUACAACGCCCGGCACGGCGGAUGGCUCGACUGCUGGUACGGCCGCGGCGUCGGAGGAUCGUCGUGGAAGUGCAACACCAUGCAGUGUCCUAACCAAGAGUGUCCCCAAAAGGUUGACCAAAAUGCCAACCAAACUGGUAACCAAAUGACCAACCAAAAUGCCAACCAAGCGUGUGACCAGCAUCCCAAGUGCGGCGUCAAGUCGCCGCUCCAGUCGUUCCUCGAGGAUGGCCUGGUGGGCUUCCUCCCUCACCAGCUGUCCCCCAAUGACACCUGUGUCUCAUGCCCCGCCUGCGACACCACGUCACCCGGCCUGCCGUGCAAGACGCCCAUGGGCCUCUCCAACAUUACCAGGCUGGCCUCUCGUGCGGGUACAGGCCGACGCAUCAUGGACGUUCUCGGCGCUUUCUGCGGCGGCGCAUCGUCGCCCUUCGCCAGGCUGUGCGGCUACCUGGAAUGCCUCCUCACCCGCCCGCCCCGGACGCCAGACGACCUGUUCGCUUUCUUCUACCAGUUCAUAUGUGACUGGACUCAGAGCGUUGAGCACCGUAAGGCGGCCUUCGAGGACGCCGUCGGCGCUGCGUGCUUCUGGCAGCCGGGCGUGACACUGGACGUCACUCCAGUCUUCCGCACCAGUGACCAUGGCUCAGUGCCAGACAUCCCUCACCUCACCGGAGACCUCUUCUCACUCGUCAAGUGCAACGGCACUCCAGGCUCCGCUCCAUCACACCCCUGCGGCCCCUACCUCAAGCCACUCGGCCACGACGUACGCGCCACCUUCGCCAAGGCACACGCCCACCUCUACCUCUCCUGGGUGGUGUACCUCACGGAGACUUUAUACGACUUCCUCUGUGCACUGCUCCAGGACUGCGAGCGGAACUGCGCCGCCGCCACAUCCACCUGCCACGCCAGGAGCUGCGACAACCAAUGCCCAGCCAAGCGACGGCCGAUGGCCCCGGACUCCGAGCACCUUGCUUCAUGCCCCUCCAUCGUGGACUGCGACUCCACCACGCCCACACUCUUCCGCCUCGCCGGAUCCACAAGCGGCCACCCAGCCAAGCGGACCUGCGAGGAUCUCUGCCAGGCACUGCAAGUCGCCGUCAAGCAGAUGAACCCUCUCCACAGGCUGGCGCACGACACCAUCCCCGAGUACCUCUACCGCAUCCGCGCCCCCUUCCUCUACACAGUGUUCACGCUCUGGUCUAUCGCCACGCUCUACAUCCUCCACUCACUCCUCUACCGCAUGGACGUCCUGCGCAUCCGCUCACACCUCCUCACCAACAGGGCCUCCCACCUCAUCGACGUCAAGGCUUUACUCGCCGGCAGCCGCAGGAUGCUCUCGCUCUACAAGGACGUCGACUACUUCGACGAUGACUUUCACUCAUGA